AUGUCAAAAUCCGAAAUUCUGCCUCAAUUUUCGCUCUCAUAUGAUUCCAAAAUCCUUCAUUGGGAUAAAAUCAUAAUACACAGAAUCAGUACUAUUGAACACAAAGCUCAAUUAUCUAUUUCCGAUAUUAAACAACGUACUGAAGAUUUCAUGGAUGCUCUAUAUAUGGGCUACGCACGGGUUUUCACGGACGGGUCCAAAACAUCACAUGGUUCUGGUUGCGCGUUUUAUGAUGAAUCUGCGGAUUUUGGGGCCAAAUUUCGGAUCAAACAUCCAUGUAUACCUAUAAUGGGUGUCGAACUUGUAGCAAUUAUGGAAGCAAUUCAUUACAUAGAAUCGACAACUCAUCGAAAAAUUGUAAUUCUAACUGACUCGAAGAGCGGUCUACAGCAUCUGAUAGGAUGUGCUAGGGGCAACAGUGUCGGUAGAAACGAAACUUACCUCAUUAUUAAAUGUAUACAUAGAUUGAUACGUAACGGGGUUGAAGUUCGUUUACAAUGGAUUCCUUCACAUGUGGGCAUAAUGGGUAACGAAAUAGCAGAUUCGCUGGCAUUCGAGGCCUUAAAGAACGGUAUCCCGCUGGACACUACCCCGCAUUAUUCUGAUCAUCUUUCAAAAGUUAAAAUGGAUAAUUACAUUCAGUUUAAAUCUUACUUCGAUGACUGCUCGAAAUCUAAAGGUAUCUGGUACAAAUCUAUUGUAAAUGUACCUCCACGUAUACCCUGGUUUUCCUCACUCAAUCUCACUAGAAAGGAUCUGGUAAUUUGCUUCCGAGCCCGAACAUAUCACCUUCCACUCAACAAAUUCAAAUUUAUUAUGAAAAAAAGAGAUGAUCCAAAUUGUGAACGGUGCAGCAGAGUAGAGGACUUUCUCCACUUAGUUCUAGAAUGUAAAAUCAACGAACAACCUAGGUUGGAACUCCUAAGUGACAGCCAGUGCUCUGCUAGGGAUUUCCUCUAG